AUGUCGCUGGAGGUGGCGCGCCGCUUCGGCUCCAGGACCACCAUGACCGUCGUCGAGUCCACCAACUACCCCGUGUACGAGGUCGCCUACCCCGCCGUCGUCGUCUGCGACAACAACCGCGUGCACUGGGACAAGCUGCUCGACUAUGAGCGCAGGCAGCUAUCAGAGCUGGACGCCGACACGCGCGCCGUGUUCCGCAGCCUGGUGACAUCGCUGGCGCAGAUGGAGUGGGCCGACUUCGACCUGUUCACCCCCAAAGACCUCGCUAAUUACCGCGCCCUCGACACGCUGUCACACGUCAACUUCUCCGACGUCAUGAAGCAGGUGAUGCCUAAGUGCGAGGAGUUUUUCCACAAUGCCUGCUACUGGCGUAGCGAGACGCGGAACUGCUGUGAUAUCUUCGAAGUCCUGUUGACCGACAUAGGAUAUUGCUUCGCAUUUAACUCCUUAUUCAACCACAUGUCAAGCUCUUCCAAUUGUGAACAGUCAUUAGACCAGGACGAAGAGGUGGAACAAAAGGAGUACAAGGAGGACGAAGAGAUGAAACAAAAGGAGUACAAGGAAAGGAAAUGUGAGGUGUCGGUGAACGAGCCGACUGCGCUGCGGAUGGACGGUCUGAUCGUGGGCUCAGACCAAAUGGCCGUGGUGAGGGUGUCGAGCGACGUGACGUACACGACGGAUACGGUGCGAUCGCUGCGGCCGGGGGACCGAGGCUGCCUGUACAGCAACGAGAGGGACGCGCUGCAGCAGGGCGCCUACUCGUACGCCAACUGCCGACUUGAAUGCUUCCGCCAGUACGCCAUCGCCACCUGCGCGUGCCUGCCCUACUUCUUCCCACCAGCCGGCAACCACAAUACAUGUACCACUGUUCAGUUCAAGUGCUUGUAUGAUAACAAUGUAGAGUUGCAGGGCGACUGCAGUCUUGGUGAGCCAGAGUCGUUCCUGUAUGUCGCUGCUCGCUACGUGCCUAUAACUGCUGCAGUGCUGGUCGACCUCUCACUCAAAAACGAUCAGCGUUACGUGUUCACAUUACUAAAACAUCUUUUCACCGUUAUUAUUUUUCACUGCGUCACGGAAGAAACCUUCCCGGUGGUGAAGUGGCUCCUAGCCCUCACCCUGAAUAUGGAUAUUGAAAAUCCUUUCUAA